CCAUACAAUAAGAGUGAGAGAAAAAUAAGGUCUUUUUUAUGUGCUAUCAGACGGUGCGCUGGUAAAUGCUAUAUACAAGCAAUCUCUUUGUGUGCACACUACUCGAAUAUAUGAACAAAAUCAUUUGCUGUGGAAAUAGGCACAAAAACAUUUAUCGAUUGUUUAGAAGGCAAAGUAAAUAAAUCUACGAAACAUCAUACAAAUUCUGAACAGCUGUGUGUAAUAUUUUGACAAUUAUUUUUUUUUGUUUUGUUUUUGACCAUCAUGUCUGAUCUCAAGGCGAUGGAAUAUCCAACGUUAAAGGUACCGUAUGAAAUUUUGAAUAAGAAAUUUCGUAUUGCACAAAAGACAUUGGAUCGUGAACUAAGUCAAAUACAAAACGUGACAAAUGAAUUGGAGCGUGGCCUGGAAUCAAAAUCAGCUGAUGAGAUAACAAGAUUACUUGGUGGUGUUGUUGAACGGUUACAAGUAUUAAAACGUAAGGCUGAUGAAAGCAUAUCAGACGAAUUAUCAGCGGUGCAAGCGUGUAAACGUCGCUUGGACCAUGUUCGUCAAUCGGUUGUUCAAAGUAUUCCACCCGAACUAACAAUUGCUUAUUCAAAUGAAUGGCGACAAACGCGAUUAGAUCGAAUGAUAGUCGAGCAUUUUUUGCGUUUGGGCUACUAUGAAACGGCCGAACGGCUUGCAAUUCGAAAAGGUAUCAAAGAUUUAACCAAUUUGGAAAUAUUCCAAACGACCCGUGAAGUUGAAGAGGAUUUACGGCGACACAAUACAGCCAAAUGUAUAGCAUGGUGUAAUGACAACAAAUCGAAACUUCGGAAAAUCAGCUCAAAUAUAGAAUUUCAAUUGCGUGUACAAGAAUUUGUGGAGCUCAUACGAAAUGAGGAUCGUUUGGGUGCCGUUAAACAUGCACGCAAAUUUUUUCCAGCAUUUGAAAAUGAUCAAUUGAAAGAGAUUAGCCAAUGCAUGGCCUUGUUGGCCUUCCAAAUAAAUACAGAUGUUGAGCCAUAUAAAUCACUGUUUGAUAUUGCACGUUGGGAUGAUUUAGUCAUAAAUUAUAGAAUGGAAAAUUAUCGCCUGUUUCAAUUGUCAUCACAAUCUGUGUUGAGUGUUGUGGUUCAGGCUGGUUUAUCGGCAUUAAAAACACCACAAUGCUAUUCAUCAAAUAACAAAAAUGAUAAUUGUCCCGUUUGUCUGCCAAGCUUAAAUCGUAUCGCCGAAAAUCUACCAUAUUCACAUUGUGCACAGAGCAGACUCAUAUGCAGAGUUACGGGAGCUCCAUUGAACGAGCAUAAUAUUCCAAUGAUGCUUCCAAAUGGUCAAAUAUUCGGACAGAAGGCGUUAUCACAAUUAUCCAAAGAAAAUGGUAUCAUUGUGUGCCCUAAGACAAACGAGCUCUUUGUUCAGCCAAAAAUCGAAAAGGUUUAUGUGAUGUAGUUUUUGAGAUUAACAGGGAAACCGUAUAUGAAACGGAAAUUGCAAUUAUCGACCAAACCUCAAAAUUAUUCGCUAUUGAUUGAAUAAUCCCUCCCACGUCUAGCAAUCCCAAAAUUUGACAUGGAACCUACUUCCAAACAAAAACAACACCAACCACAUCAAAACAUACAAUCAGAUUCAUUUUUUUUGGUCAAUAGAAAACAAACAAGUAUACUUUUAGAUACUUAUUUUGUUUCUCAAUCAUGAAAAUUGUGUAAAAUAUCAAAAAUAUGCUAUGACAAAUAAGAAAAUGCAAU